UUAUUCAAGAAGCUUCAAAUAAUCCAACUUCUCAGCAUAACAUUUAUUGGCAAGUUGUAAAUAAAAAUCUUGAAGACUAUCAUUCCAAAAUGAAAUGCCAGAUGCACACAAAAUACAAUAUUCAUAAACGUGUUUAUGAAGUUGGUGAUCUAGUAAAAAUUCAAGUUGCCAAAAUUGACUAUAGCCCUGGUGAUCGUUGUACACUCCCUUGCAAAGUGUUUGCAGUGCUUCUCAGAAAUAUGUAUCACCUUGUAUGUCGAUUUGGCAUUCUUGACCAAGCAUUUUCAGCUGGUGUAGUUUUACCACUUGGACCAAAAGAAUAUCCGGAGUUGAAUAAUCCUCCAACCAACGUGACUGUUAGUAUGAUUGAGGCGGCAAGAUUGCAAUCUAAUACUCUUGCUAGUAACAAAGUAUGCAAUUGUAGAGGUGACUGUCUUACAGCAAGAUGUAUUUGCAAAAAAGCAAAUAUUGUAUGUGGAAGUGGAUGUCAUCCGAAGAAUUCAAAGUUAACCCACAUAAGAAUUCUAAAUUGGGUUAUCCCGAUUCUGAAUUGGGAUAGCUGGAUUCCGGAUUGGGCAGAUUCCAAUUCGGG